AAGCAGAGACAGGCAGCGGGGCCGUCGCGCGGCGGUGACGUCAUUCCUCCCGCGCGGCGGCUGACGUCAACGUCCCUCGCCCCGCGCCUCUUGGCGCGCAGGAGUGACGCGCGAGUGGCCCUCCCGGGCUCCGUAGGGCGGGGGCGGCGACCCGGGCGCCCGUCUGGCUGUCGGGGACCCGGAUGGCGGGCGCGGGUCGAGCCCCUCCGCCCAGCCUGCGCCUGGAGAACGCCUCGCUGCUGUCCGAGGGGGCCCUGCAGGACGGGCACCGCCUCUGGAUCGGGAACCUCGAUCCCAAGAUCACCGAAUAUCACCUUCUCAAACUCCUGCAGAAGUUUGGCAAAGUGAAGCAGUUUGACUUCCUCUUCCAUAAGUCAGGGGUCCUGGAAGGGCAGCCCAGGGGCUACUGCUUUGUGAACUUUGAGACCAAGCAGGAAGCGGAACAGGCCAUCCAUUGCCUCAACGGGAAGCUGGCGCUCUCCAAGAAGCUGGUAGUGCGGUGGGCCCACGCCCAGGUCAAGAGGUAUGACCAGAAUAAGAACGAGAAAACCCUUCCCAUCAGUCUGGAGCCAUCUUCCAGCACAGACAGCCCCCAGUCCAACCUGAGCGUCAGCACAAAAAUCAAAGCCAUUGAAACCAAGCUGAAAAUGAUGUCAGAGAAUCCCGACGCCGAGUUCCCACCGGCAGCCCCUUACACCUACUUCAAGGCCCCCGAGAAAAAACGGACUGGCCCCUACUCCAGAGCGGCUUGGAAGUCCAAGAGAUGAUGAGCGGCUGCGGUCAGCAGCGUCCUCUGGCGCUCCGGGCAGGUGGGAGGUCAGCUAGGAGGAAGCAGGAUUGGCACGGCCCCAUCCUGGCCUUCUGUGGGACUGCUGGGAUUCUUCCUCUGCACAUGUGGAGGUCAACUCUCUUCCGAGUAGAUCAACUGUAAUGCCGCCCAUAAAACUGUAUAGAACAUCUCCAACAAACUCAACUGGUUGAGUAAUAAAACCAGAUUUUUUUUUCCCCAUGUGGCUAGCUAGAUCCAGCUCCAAAGUGCAAGAUGUGUGUGUGUGUGUGUUUCAAUAUGUUUUCGCCACUUCAGUAUUUGUUCUGACCUGAAGAUAACAAAAAGUCCGGAUGAACUGAUGGUCUGCCCAGAAUAUUAUCUCUGUCCAGUAGUGAAACGUGAUUUGGGUUGCCUGAUCUUUCCAGCAAGAGGAAAUUGGAGUUUCUUGCACCUUGAAACCCAGGAAAUCCCGAAAGGGGGCAAUGAGAAUAGUAAUGUUUGUCUGUGAGUAACAGCUGCAUUGAACACAUCCGGGCAUCAGUGUAUCCAUUCUUUCUUUUUUUAAAAAAAAAAGGAACAUCACAGGAAUAAAUGUUAGCCCACUUUUAAAAAUGCA